UGGGGGGGGCGGGGUCAGUGGCUGCUGGGCGGGCGGGGCGCAGGCCGCGGGACCGAGCCCGGGGGAACGAGACAGCGGAGGCGCCGAGGAUCCGAUUCACUCGCUGGGGAGACCUAUGGGCCGAAGCCGUGUAAAUGCGUUUUAAGCAGGGGCCUCGGCUCCGCAACUGCCACUCCUCCUCGGGGUGUUGCACAAGUUUCGAGGUCACCGGCGACCCCUCCUAGCAGCGCGCCUGGCUCUGGCCCCCGCGAAGGAAGACGGAGCUUGUGUGUUGCAUACUUUCUAAGACGGCGGCUGCAGCAGCGGCUCCAUCCAGCCCGUCAGCUCCUCCUGCAAGGCAUGGCUGGCUACCUGAGUGAAUCGGACUUUGUGAUGGUGGAGGAGGGCUUCAGAACCCGAGACCUGCUGAAGGAACUCACUCUGGGGGCCUCACAGGCCACCACGGACGAGGUAGCUGCCUUCUUCGUGGCUGACCUGGGUGCCAUCGUGAGGAAGCACUUUUGCUUUCUGAAGUGCCUGCCACGAGUCCGGCCCUUUUACGCUGUCAAGUGCAACAGCAGCCCAGGUGUGCUGAAGGUUCUGGCCCAGCUGGGGCUGGGCUUUAGCUGUGCCAACAAGGCAGAGAUGGAGUUGGUCCAGCAAAUUGGAGUCCCUGCCAGUAAGAUCAUCUGCGCCAACCCCUGUAAGCAAAUUGCACAGAUCAAAUAUGCUGCCAAGCACGGGAUCCGGCUGCUGAGCUUUGACAAUGAGAUGGAGCUGGCAAAGGUGGUAAAGAGCCACCCCAGUGCCAAGAUGGUUCUGUGCAUUGCUACCGAUGACUCCCACUCCCUGAGCCGCCUAAGCCUAAAGUUUGGAGUGCCACUGAAAUCCUGCAGACACCUGCUUGAAAAUGCGAAGAAGAGCCAUGUGGAGGUGGUGGGUGUGAGUUUUCACAUUGGCAGUGGCUGUCCUGACCCUCAGGCCUACGCUCAGUCCAUCGCAGAUGCCCGGCUCGUGUUUGAAAUGGGCACUGAGCUGGGUCACAAGAUGCACGUUCUGGACCUUGGUGGCGGCUUCCCUGGCACAAAAGGGGCCAAAGUGAGAUUUGAAGAGAUUGCUUCCGUGAUCAACUCAGCCUUGGACCUGUACUUCCCAGAGGGCUGUGGCGUGGACAUCUUUGCUGAGCUGGGGCGCUACUACGUGACCUCGGCCUUCACUGUGGCAGUCAGCAUCAUUGCCAAGAAGGAGGUUCUGCUGGACCAGCCUGGCAGGGAGGAGGAAAAUGGUUCCACCUCCAAGACCAUCGUGUACCACCUUGAUGAGGGCGUGUAUGGGAUCUUCAACUCAGUCCUGUUCGACAACAUCUGCCCUACCCCCAUCCUGCAGAAGUCUAAGAACCACUCACCCUGCUGCAUGUUUCUAGAGUCCAUUCAUUUCAUUGCUGUGUAGUGCUCUUUUGGUGAGUAUGCUGCAGUUUAUUUGUCCAUUCUCCUCUCAAGGCAUUUGAACUGUCUUUGGGUUUUUGCUACUGUGAAUACUGCCGCUGUGAAUUCUUGUUCCCCUCUCUCUGAUGAGUGAGCAAGGAGUGGAAUGGCUGGGUAUAGGGCAUGUGAAUGUUUGGCUUCAUGCGACAAUGCCAAACAAUUUUCUGAAGUGUUGUACUGACAAUCCCACCAGCAGUGUGUAAGGACUCGGUGGCUCUGCACUUUCCCCAGCACAGGGUAUUGCCAGACUGAAAACAUUUUUCCAGUGGAGUGGAUGUAAAAUGGUAUCUCAUUGUGUCUUGAUUUGCAUUUCCCUCAUCACUAGCAAAGCUGGACGUCUCUGUAUAUUUACUGGCCAAACGUUGUUUCCAGGAACUUCUUCCAGAGACUUUGUAAGUUGGUGUUGCCCUUCAUGUCUGAAUUUCCACACCGAGUGAUCUGUACCCACUGCCCCUGCUCACUCAGCUCCCUUAGCCCUUCCAGCCUCUCCAGUUGGGUACCUGUUCCAUGAUGCCACGGAAGAUGCUCUUGAAAGUCUCUUCCACGCUGCUGGCUCUUCCAUGUGGCUCUUCUGUCCCAGCAGCUGGUCCUCCUCUGUUUUCAGGCUCCCCUCUCCUGGCUUCUGUGGCAACAUCCUGGGCCUUGGCUACUCUUCUGCUGUUCUCACCUUGUCUCCUUAGCACUUCUCCUGCUCACCCUUUAAGUGUUGACUGCCUUGGGCCUCAGUCCUUGAUCUUCUCUGUCUAUAUGCACUUCCUAGGUACAUGCUUCCAGACUGAGGCUCUUUGUAUCUUCCAUACUAUCAUCACUCCCAAAUUUCUAUCUCUAUCCUGGAUCACACCCCUGAGCUCCACACUUGCACAUCCAACUACCCGCUUGACAUUCCUACUGGGAUUUCACAGACAUCUCAAAUUUAACUUGUUCAGAACUGAACUCUUGAUUUCCAACUCCAAACUUCUCUUGGUAAAUAGCACUGCCACUAGCCAACUGCUGAAGCUAAAAAAGUUGGCAUUAUUCUUGAUUCUUGCUUUCCCUCUCCUUCCACAUGCAGUCCACCUGCAAUUCUUGAGUGUAGCUCCAAAAUACAUUUUGGUUUCAGUUAAUUCUUUCUCUGUCGCCACCCUAAUGCAAGCCACCAUUGCCUCCUGCUUGAGCUACUGCAGUAACUGUUAACUGGUUUUCCACCCCAUACUACUACCUGCUUACCACCCAUUUUCCACGCUGCAGACAGAAGAUUAUGCCCCUCCUCUGCUUAACACCAUCUGUGGCUUCCCAUUGCUCUCAGAAUAAAACCUAGACUCUUUACCACAAGCAGCAAGGCUCCUGCCAUCUUCCCAGCCACCUCUGCCCUCACUCCUGUCCCUGUUUUCAGCUCCACUUACCUGCUCCAGCCCCAUUCCCCUCCUUUCUGUUUUUGUAACACCUAAGUUGUUUCUGCUCUCAGGGCCUUUGCAUUCGCUCUCCCAGAAUGCUCUUCCACUCACCCCUGAGACAGCUGCUGUAUUCUCUUUCUUAUGUCUCAGCUCAGAUGUCACCUCGUCAGGGAGGCCUUUCCUGACUGCCCUCUCUAAAGUAGGCUCACCUACCCUAGUCAGAUAAUUUUGAUACCCUGCUUAUUUUCUUCACAAGCCAUCAUAAUCUGUUAAUUAUCUUGUUUUUGUUUACUUGCCUAUAGUCUGUCUUUUCCAUUAGCAGGUAGGCUCUAUGAGGGCAGCCACGUUGUCCAAUUAGUUUCCUCUGAGUUCCCAGCACCAGACACAGUGCCUGGCACAUAGUAGGUGCUCACUAAAUAUCUGUUGAAUGAAAUGUGAAUGGAUAAAUCAAUCAUUCAAUAAACUGUGAGACCCUUGAGGGUCUCACAUAUGUUCAUAUUUGUUUCCCUAGCACAGAACUUGGCAUACAGUAAGUUCAGUAUAUGUUGGAAUUAAAUAGAUUUUUUUUUUUUUUUGAGAUGGAGUCUCACUCUGUCACCCAGGCUGGAGUGCAGUGCUGCAGUCUUGGCUCACUGCAACCUCUGCCUCCCGGGUUCAAGUGAUUCUGCUGCCUCAGCUUCCCAAGUAGCUGGGAUUACAGGCGCCCGCCACUAUGCCUGGCUAAUUUCUGUAUUUUUAGUAGAGACAGCAUUUCACCAUGUUGGUCAGGUUGGUCUUGAACUCCUGACCUCAAGUGAUCCACCCGCCUCGGCCUCCCAAAGUGCUUUGAUUACAGGCAUGAGCCACUGUACCCGGCCAUUGUUUCUUUCAUUUCUAUGUCUCUGACAAGGAUAAAGCAUUGUGUUUUUGUUUAUUGUUUUAUUUCUUUUGAUGUCAAUGUCUUUUUAUAUCCUCUGUUUACUUAAUUUGGGAGGUCUUGAAGUUUUUUCUUGCACAUAGAAAUGAGCUUGCAUAUGCAUGUGUGCAUGUAUUUAAUAUGAUGUUUGAUACAAAUAUUUUUUCACUCUAGUCGUUUAUUUUUUUUUGUAAUUCUUUGUUAUUCUUUCAUAGAAGUUUUGACACACUAUUGUGUUUUAACUAAGUUUGUUGUAAUUAAUAGGAAGGAAAUCUGUUACUUUCUUUUGUGCUCUGUUGUUAUAGAUUAUCUUUAUUAUAUAUAUAUAUAGUCUUAUAGAAAUAGAAUGUUUAUUAGAAAAAAUUUAACACAAAUAGUAAAAUAAAAUGAUUCACUAAUCCCACCAUUCAGAGAUGACUAUUGUUAAACAUACUUUGAUUUCUACUUUUUUUGGGUUUAAUGACUAUUUUAUUUUGUUUUAUUUUAUUUAAGACAGGGUCACACUCUGUCACCCUGGCCAGAGUGCAGUGGCACAAUCAUGCUCACUGUAGCCUCCACCUCCGAGGCUCAAGCCAUCCUUCCCACUCCAGCUUCUGAAUAGCUGGGACUACUGGCACAUGCCACUAUGCCUGGCUAAUUUUUGUAUUUCUUGUAGGGAUGGGGUUUUGCCAUGUUGCCCAGGCUGGUCUUGAGCUCCUUGUUUUGUUGAAGCAAUCCUCCCACCUUGAGAUUACAGACGUGAGUCACCACGCCUGACCUGAUAAUUUUGUUUUAAAAGGUUGUCUAGUCUUUUUUUUUUUUUUUUUUUUUUUUGAGACAGAGUCUCACUGUCACCCAGGCUGGAGUGCAGUGGCGCGAUCUCGGCUCACUACAGGCUCCGCCCCCUGGGGUUCACGCCAUUCUCCUACCUCAGCCUCCCGAGUAGCUGGGACUACAGGCACCCGCCACCUCACCCGGCUAAUUUUUUGUAUUUUUAGUAGAGAUGGGG